AUGUAUGUGGGUCUAUGCGUCCGGAUCCCCUUGUUAUGCGUCCGUAUUCUUGCAUUUGUGUCUAUACGGUUAAUAUAUGUGAUUCUAUACGUCCGGAUCCCCUGUUAUGUAUGCGGACCUAUGCGUCCGUAUUCUUGUCUUAUGUAUGUGGGUCUAUGCAUCCGUAUCCCCUUGUUAUGCAUUUGUGUCUAUACGGUUAAUAUAUGUGAUUCUAUACGUCCGGAUCCCUGUUAUGUAUGCGGACCUAUGCGUCCGUAUUCUUGUCUUAUGUAUGUGGGUCUAUGCAUCCGUAUCCCCUUGUUAUGCAUUUGUGUCUAUACGGUUAAUAUAUGUGAUUCUAUACGUCCGGAUCCCUGUUAUGUAUGUGGACCUAUGCGUCCGUAUUCUUGUCUUAUGUAUGUGGGUCUAUGCAUCCGGAUCCCCUUGUUAUGCAUUUGUGUCUAUACGGUUAAUAUAUGUGAUUCUAUGCGUCCGGAUCCCUGUUAUGUAUGCGGACCUAUGCGUCCGUAUUCUUGUCUUAUGUAUGUGGGUCUAUGCAUCCGUAUCCCUUGUUAUGCAUUUGUGUCUAUACGGUUAAUAUAUGUGAUUCUAUACGUCCGGAUCCCUGUUAUGUAUGCGGAAUUCUUGUCUAUGCGUCCGUAUUCAUUUUCCUAUCUUAUGUGUAUGUCCGGAUCCCUGGUAUGCGGACCUAUGCGUCCGUAUUCUUGUCUUAUGUAUGUGGGUAUCCCCCUUGUUAUGCAUUUGUGUCUAUACGGUUAA